GGUUAUGCGCCCCAGCCAAUUGAGAAUAUUCGCCGGAACGUCACGGCGGCUUUUCAGAUCGGACGACACACAAGAGCUUCUCGUGAAAAAACUCAUCACACAUCCGAAAUUCAGUCAUAGUAGCCUAACAAAUGAUGUUGCUGUUAUAACUCUCAAAACCAAAGUGAAAAUCGAUGGAAUUACUGCCGAUGUGAUACCCAUACCGAACAAGGAGCCAACAAUAGGAGCGAAGUGCACAGUGAUUGGAUGGGGUACUGUUAUUCAGUUUGGUCCAACACCUGACGAAGUGCUCAACGCCGAUGUCUAUAUUCAACCAUAUGCCAUAUGCAAACAAGAUACAUUAUUUACAAAGGGAAUGCUUUGCGCCGCAGACAUAAACGACUACGAGGUGGACAGCUGUCAAGGGGAUUCGGGGGGUCCGUUAAUUUGCGAUGGGUUCGUAACUGGCAUCGUCUCCUUUGGUAUUGGCUGUGGGGAGAGGGGCUCAUAUGGAGUGUACUCCGAUGUAUACUACUAUCGCAACUGGAUAAACAACAAUAGAGCCACCCAACAGAAACUGAAUGGCUUGCCGGCUUUCGCGCUGGCAAUAGCAAUAGCCUUACGAGCUUUUCGAAUUCAAUAUUUUUAGUACUUAUUCCUAAACAGGGCUCAAGCGACAUGGGAACUUCAUUUUUUAUGAGAGAUGAAAAUAUGCAAUAAUUCGCACUUUCGACGCAACAGGUGCGUGGCUGCGGCUUGCGGCUGGCAUUCUGCAGAUGACAAGCCAAAAUUGAGUGAAAUCAUGGCGCUGAAGUCUUCUGGAAAUUCCAAAACCAGCGACAAAAUGCGGUGACCAACAGGCUUACCCGCAUGCACUCACAUUCCCACACCUACACACCCACACCCACAUCUACACCCACACACACACCCACACAGCCACACACCCAAUAAAGCAUACACGAGCUCAUUUUAGGCAACAGUUUAUGGUUUAUGAAUGGCUGUGUUUGCUGUGCCUGACAGUAAUUAUCGCAUCUCGAGAGGAGCGAAGAGGAGUGGCAGUGUCUCUAAAAUACAACUCGUAGAUUGUCAAUAAGUUU